ACUCCAAAGAAGGAAAAUGUACCGCAUUAUACUACUGUCAAUUGUUUCAAUUUUGUCGUCAGAGACGACAUUUGGUCAAGAUGAACCAAAAGGACCGGAAGGACGUAUUUAUGGUGGAUAUCGAACCGAUAUUCAGGACGCAGCGUACAUGGCCCAAGUUUAUAGGGUUGAUGGAGUUCCGAUACCUGGAAAACCAGUCAAGGCAGAACAGUGCGGCGGUUCAAUUCUGAAACCAAAUCUAAUACUAACAGCUGGACAUUGCGUCAAAGAUUUCAAAACCGGCCACGUGUACGGACCCGAUCAAUAUUUUAUCUACGUGGGUUCAAGUAUGAAACAAGGCGGAGAUGUGCAUACAGUGAAAAACGUUCACCUUCAUCCAAAAUACCAGGGCCCUGAAAGCCAUUAUUUCCACGAUAUGGCUUUGCUUGAAUUAAAUGAAGCUAUCUCACUCGAUCAAAAUAAGGCAAUUGUACCCAUAGCUCAGGCAAGCGACAAAACAAAUCCCGGCGAGGACGUAUUCGUUUCGGGAUGGGGAUUUAAUCCAGAUCAUCCAUCUGAUAAUCGUUUGUAUCAAGUUCAUUUGACAGUCAAGUCGGCGAAAGCAUGUAAAGAUAAAGUGGGAGGUGGAACAGUCAAAGAAAUCGAGGAGCACAACAUUUGCGCUGGAGGAAAAAAUAAGGCUCACUGUCAGGGUGACUCAGGCGGACCGCUCAUUGACUCGUUAACAAAACGUCAGGUUGGAAUAGUGUCCUGGGGAACUAGAAAUUGUACAAACUCAUUGCCGAGGUAUUACACUAAAGUUACAGACAACUUAGAUUUUAUUGAAAGCGUUAUUAGUACGGCCAAUGAAAUGGACGAUGCGAAUUCGAUGUGCGAUGAUUAAUUUCGAACGGUAAAACUUCAUAAUAAAGGACAUUAUAUGUGUACUAUCGGUACUAUCCUAUCGAUCAAUAAAGUUUUGGUUUGCAAAC